CACUGCCGUGCUAAGUCUUCUGCCUGCCGUCCGCUCUCUCCAUGGCGUCCCUUGCAAAAGCCCCCAGUUGCUGGGGCUCCAGCGCCCUGGUUGCACAAGGGAGAGGUUGAUAUCGAGGGAGUAACAUACCUGCUGUUUCCCAGCAAGACAGUCUCCUAGUUCAGAGACCCCCAACCUGCCCAGGGCACCCUGACCGGGAGGAUAGACCUUCCCCUCCCCAAAGAGCUGGGGGGGACCCCCCAUUUCAGGGGGCGCAGCGUAGAGCAAAGUAGUAGCUCAGACAAAGAAACAUAGUUACAGAGUGGAGAAGUCCAGCUCAAAGAACAGAAUUAUUCAGGCUGAAUCAUUCAGGAUUUGGGUUUCUACUUCUAAAUUUGAGACAGCAAAUUGCACAACCACAGGCAGUGGGGAGCAACUGGCCUUUAAAGAAUUAAGAGCCUAGCCAGCAGGCAUCAACAGUCAGCCGUGUAGUUAGUGUUGCGACAUCCACAGUCGAUACUGUUUUAUCUAUCGCCUAAACUGUGCUGCAGUCACACUAGUGCGAGGUGAAAUGGCAGAACCCGAAAAGAAAGAGAUUCAAAGUUUGUCUAGUACAAUCGAUAAAUUCUUUGUAAACGCUGAUAUCUAUGAAGAACACAUAUGCAUGGCUGAAUUGCUUUUAGCAUAUCAUGGAGUUAAGCACCACCACGGCUACCAUUCUCAAGAUUGUGGAAAUAAGCUGUACCCCUCCAUUUUCGCUGAUUCCAAGAUCGCGUCCAAAAUUCACUGUGGAAGGAGAAAAGCGGAGGCUUUGAUUGAGAAUGUAUUAGCACCCCAUUCAUUGAAGCUGGCUGUGCAAGACAUUGGAUCAACAUCGUUCUCAAUAGUGACAGAUGCUUCUAAUAAAGGGAACACAAAAUUAUUCCCCGUUGCUGUCCGCUACUUUAAUAAAGAUAAGGGAAGCUGCACAUGUAUCAUAGACUUUUUGGAGGAUGCAGAUGAGACAUCAGAGGCAAUCGCAAACAACUUACAAAGUUGUCUUCAAAAUGCCGGUCUGAUACAUAAUAAAAUUGUGGCAUAUGGAGUAGACAACGCAUCUGUCAAUUUUGGAAAACACAAGUCUGUUUUGGUGCGCCUAAAACAAAUGUUAGAUUUACCAAACCUUGUGCCAGGGCAUUGCAGCACUCACAUAGUACACAAUACGGUGAAACAUGGCUUGAAAAUGCUCUCUUAUGAUGUAGAGAACUUGGUCAUCAAGGUUUUCAGUGAAUUCUCGUCCUGUGCAAAGAAUAUUAGUGAACUUAAAGAGUUCCUUGACUUCAUGGAGACAGAAUAUUCAGAAAUCUUAUGCCAUGUAUCUACACGUUUUUUGACCCUUUUCACUGCCGUUGACAGGUUACUGAAGAAUUGGCCUGCUCUCAAGUCUUACUUUGUGAGCAAAGGAGAGGAAACAGUGAGCUGUGCAAUAUGGGCCUUUCUUUCUGAGCAGGAGGACACAGUAUCCAAUGAUGAUAUUACACUUCCAGAACUGUACAUCUACUUUGUGCACAGUAUUAUGAGCCAAUUUAACAACACCAUAAAGGUUCUUGAAAGUGAUUACAUUCAGGUAACUGAACUGUAUGCUAUAUUCAAGAAGCUGAGAAGAGAGAUUCAGAUUCAACAAGAACAAGGCUUCUAUGGAUACAAGGUGACACAGUUCUUGAAGAAACUGCCGCCUAACAAGCAGAAUAAAUUUGUUGGAGAUGCCCAACAGGUUUACACACGCAUGCUACAGUACCUGGAAAAGUGGUUUGAUUUCAGCGAAAACUCUUUCUAUGUGUUGUGUGCGCCACUCAAUCUGGACAGACCUCUUGAACUAGACAAACUGUGUGCUUUGACUACAAACUUGGGCAUUAAAGUGGAUGGCGGUGAACUAUUUACAGAAAUGUGUACGCUGAAUGAUGUGCUACCAACCCUAAAGAGUUUGACAAAUUAUGCUGAAUUGACAUUGCGUCAGGAGCAACAUCAUCGAAUCAGUGUCUCUGAGGUAUGGGUAGAAUUCUUUAAGCACUGGGAAGCCCCAAACUUACUUAAAAUUGUGCAGCAUGUGCUUGCUAUACCACCCAGCAAUGCAUUUGUGGAAUGUAUUUUCAGUGUUAUGAAGAACUUGUGUACUGAUGAAAGGAGUGAGCUCCAAGUGGACCUGGUGAAAGCUGAGCUAUUUGUGCACUUCAACUAUAAAAUGACAUGUGCUGAGUUUGCUGGAUUUUUGAAGACAGAAGCAGUUAAAGAGCUUGUGGUGGCAGCAAGAAAAGAACAGAAGUAUAAAUCAGGUGAGGGGAUGAUAAGUGAGAAUGUGGAAGAGAAUCCUCAGCAGGAAGAUCUAGAGCAAGUUGAAACUCAUGUUACAUUAUUGGGAAAAUCUAAAGGGACUGUGUCCUGGAGUCCAGAGCAUGGAAAAGCUGGUGGAUGUCAGCACAGGCCAGAGAGACAGCAGAGAAACCAGUCAGGGAAGAAAGUGGGUAAAUCCACUCAGUGUGAAGGUGGUUUGAAUAAUCUUAGUAAAAACAUGAUGCACCAGAAAUUCUCCAAAGGGGAGGGAAAAAACACAUGCACCGAGUGUGGGAAAAGCUUCAGUCGGAAUUUACACCUUAUUAUACAUCGCAGAACCCACACAGGAGAAAGACCUCAUAAAUGUCUUCAGUGUGGGAAAAGCUUUAUUGACAACCCAACCCUGAAAAUACAUCAGCGAAUCCACAUGGAAGAAAAACCAUAUAAGUGCCCUGAUUGCGGGAAAAGCUUCAGUGAGAGACCACACCUUAUUGGCCAUCAGAGAAUCCACACAGAAGCCAAAACUUUCAUAUGCUCUCAGUGUGGGGAAACCCUCUGUAACUGGUCAGCCUUUCUUAGACAUGAGAGAAUCCACAACGGAGAGAGACCUAAACCUUAUCACUGCCUCGAAUGUGGGGAGAACUUCUGUGAUAGGUCAGGUCUUAGUAGGCAUCAGAGAAUUCACACAGGAGAGAAACCCUAUAACUGCCUGGACUGUGGAAAAAGCUUCAGUUGGCGCUCAAACCUUACCAGGCACCAAAAAGUUCACACUGGGGAGAGACCCUAUAAGUGCCUCAAGUGUGGGAAAGGCUUCAGUCGGAGAUCAACCCACAGUAGACAUCUGAGAACCCAUUGGGGAGAAAGUGAAUAAAUGCCCUGACUAGGGCUGGCUGAAGUGAAUUAUACUGAAGCAGUUGCACCACUACAGCUAAAGUUGAAACUAGCUUCCUUUUUAAUUGCCAGUUUUUCUGUGUGCUCUAAAAUCUAAAAUGUGGACUUGGAUUGACUUGAAAAUUGCUGUGCCUCAUCUGGGCCGGGGGCAGAGCUAGCAAUGUGUGGUGUUCAUUUGGUCUAGGGGUUCCUCAGAUACAGCUCCCC